CUCCUCACUCUCAUCACCCCCCUCCUCGCUGCUACAACUCCCGACCCAAACCCCAUCCUCACAGCCAUCAACACAAUCUCCACCGACACAACCGCCCUCAACACCACCGUCGCAAGCUGGGACGGCAACGUCCUCACGCUCCUCGAAAUCACAGUCCAAUCCGCCAAGCUCCUCGCCGCCAUCAACAAGGGUACGAAGACGGCCAACAACGCCGCCAACCUCACCUUUGCGCAGACCCUGGACGUGGCUACCGCGACGCUGAACCUCGCGACGGGCGUCAAUCAGACUAUUACCACGAUUGUGGGCGCGAAACCAAAGUUCGAUAAGCUGUUGGUGGUGGAUCCGGUGAUUUUGCUCAACUUGAAGCUGGAGCAGGAUGCGUCGAGGGAGUUUUCGGAUGCGGUUGUAGCGAAGGUGCCGGCGGAUUUGCAGAGCAUUGCGAAGGGGCUGACGCAGGGAAUUGACGAUAGCUUUUCGGAGGGAAUUGCUGUGUAUGAA